AUGAGUCAGGAGCGAGCCAUGACAGCCGUCUUGAUGCAACGGAAGCCCUUCCGCCGUCAGAUGCUCGAUCACAUUAUCGCCAAGUUCGUUGGGAAGGUCGAGGAGGAGACUGGCAGCGGCUCCGUCAUUAUGCCAUCGCCGCCGCUGCUCCUUCGAGGAAACGACGAAAGAGCUGACUUCAUUCGCUUCCUCCGCCUCCUGCACGGGCUCGUUCAAGCGGAUCCUAAAGCUCGAGACCUCGCGAUGCGAUCAGUGUACUUCCUCGAGGACAAGGAGUCGACCGACCGACCGGUUCCGGCGUCGUAUUCGGCUGGUUCUUUAUGUCAAGGACAACGCACUUUGUUCACCGACAUCAAGGCCCGCUCAACCAUGACCACCGGGUCAGUGACCGAAGAACAAGCCAGAACCGACAUCGUCAAUCUCCUCGCAUACCCCGUCCUUACGCUUCCGUUCCUGCCAGAGGAGCUCGACAUUUGGUACGAGAGGCGCAAAGAAUUCUUUGGACAAAUGCUGGAUGUCAUCAACGGUAGCAUCGGAGAGAGCAUGGUCCUCAUCUGUAACAGGACAAUGGCGGCUCGCGAUGACGCCACGCCUCGACUGGAUCCACGACACUGGAAUGACCCGAUGAAGGCUGCGUUCUUCCAGUCGCUUGGACUCGCGCACAGCCUCAGACACCAUAUGAUUCUACUUGCUUUGCCAAGCAUCCCAUACGACAUGACCCUGUGGUACAAGGACCACGAGGAGUUCCUCGGACUGAUCUUUUCGACUCUUACUGCCAGCAUCUUCGAAUCCAUCAAGGACUUUGCAACAGACAAGCGCUGGACUCGCCACAAUGUGCUGCCGGUGGUUGACGAUAUGAUAGCGAUGAGUUCAUCAUCGGACACGUUCACCGGAAUCCGCUGCAUUCAGCUUCCCCAGUACGAACCCAAUUCGACUGGCCCGGCAGCGUGUUCUGCGGAUCAGAUCCGUGACGAGCAACCUCAACCCGCGACGAAGGAAGCCGUGCCAAGACAGUCCACUCUGAAAUCAACUUCCCCAAGCACCACCACCAACAUGUCGAACAACAUCGGAACCGCUCGUCCAUUGACCGAAGAGCAAGCCAUGUCGGAUCUUCACAUCCUCCUCUCCCUUCCGACUCUGCCAACCCUGAACAGCUGGUGCGACUACUACAAGGAGUUCUACUGGGUCCUGCUCCACGAAACCUUUCAAGUUGCCCUGGCAGGAGUUGAGCCUGCUGCCGCCGCCGAAACACUGAUCAGCCUGAUGCGUUUGAAAGAAGAAGGCGAGGAAUCGAAGAAGAAGUAUCUCUUAGAUGCCAUUUGGGUAGCUCACCGCGCCAAGAAUGAUGUGCCCGGCGCUGAUCCGUUCCGUCCUCGGAUGGCGCCAACGGAGUCCUGA